AUGGAGACUGAGAAAGGUGAGAGUUCAAGUACAUUCAAAAUGGGUAAUUCUGCACAGGAGAGGAGUUUACCGUACGUGCCCAAUUGUUACGCUGUCCCACCUUCCUACGAGCCACGUGAUGCACUUGACUCAAACUCUGAAACCAUACCAACGAUCGAUAUUUCUCGCUUGAAAGGCAGCAAUGAUGAGCGUCGAGUGAUAGUGAACCAUGGAAUCAACCAGAACAUACUAGACGAUGCAUUGACGGUUGCGCACGGCUUCUUCGAGCUGCCGGCGAAGGAGAAAAAGAAGUUUAUGUCUAACGAUGUGUAUGCACCGAUUCGGUACACUACGAGUCUCAAGGACGGUUUGGACAAGAUUCAGUUCUGGAGGAUAUUUCUGAAGCACUAUGCACAUCCUCUUCAUCGUUGGAUUCACCUCUGGCCUCAAAACCCACCCGAAUACAGGGAAAAAAUGGGGAAGUUUUGCGAAGAAGUGAGGAGUCUAUCUCUCGAGAUAAUGAGAGCAAUAACGGAGAGCCUAGGACUAGGCAGAGACUACCUAUCGUCUCGGAUGGACAAAAACGGCAUGCAAGUCAUGGCCGUUAACUGUUAUCCACCGUGUCCGGACCCUAAGACGGCGCUAGGCCUGCCGCCACAUUCAGACUACAGUUGCAUCACCAUCCUUCUACAGAACUUGAUCGGUCUCGAGAUCUUUGAUCUGUCGGCUCACGGUAGCUCUGGCCGCUGGGUUCUUGUCCCAGAAGUCAAAGGUGCACUCAAGGUUCACAUUGGUGACCAUGUGGAAGUGCUAAGCAAUGGAUUAUACAAGAGCGUCGUUCACAAAGUUACUUUAAAUGAAGAGAAGACGAGAAUCUCCUCGCGAGCUUGCAUAGUUUGGGUAUGGACGACAAGAUGA